AUGUCUUGUCCGGGAGCUUCGUCUCCAAUCAUCGAGUCUUUAGAAUACCACGAAUACCAUGACAUGUUAAUUCUCCCAAUUUACUUUACGGAUGCGGAACAUAAGAUGUUCUAUCUUAUCGUUGGAGCAGUCGUAAUCGAUUGGGCUAAGGUGACGAUCGAGAAGAUCGACAAUAAAGAAAAACCUAAUAUGAACGAUCAACAACAAAAUCAAGAAACCAAAUAA